AUUCUGGAAAAGCUGACUCUGGCAGGUCCAUAUGCUGUACAGACUGCUGUGAUGUUUAGGAUCGGUAGGAGACAGCUCUGGAAGCAGAGUAUCACCCGAGUUUUAACGCAAAGACUGAAGGAAGAGAAAGAGGCCAAGCGGGCUCUUUUGGAUGCCAGGCAUGACUACUUAUUCGCGAUCCUGGCCUCCUGUUUGGACCUGAACAAAGCUGAAGUGGAGGAUGCCAUCCUCGAGGGGAAUCAGAUUGAAAGAAUCGGUCAACUUUUUGCAGUUGGAGGUCUCCGUCACCUCAUGUUUUACUAUCAGGAUGUGGAGGUAGCAGAAACAGGACAACUUGGCUCUCCUGGAGGGGCAAAUGUUGUUUCUGGAAAGAUUAAAAACCCUAAGGUGUUCGUGACCGAGGGGAAAGAUGUGGCUCUUACGGGAGUGUGUGUGUUCUUCAUCAGGACGGACCCUUCCAAAGCCAUCACCCCUGAGAACAUCCACCAGGAGGUGAGCUUUAACAUGUUGGAUACUGCAGAUGGAGGCCUGUUAAAUAGCAUGAGGCGUUUGCUGUCGGACAUCUUCAUUCCUGCGCUCAGGGCCACGAGCCAUGGCUGGGGUGAGCUCGAGGGCCUUCAGGAAGCAUCCAGCAUUCGGCAGGAGUUCUUGAGCUCCUUAGAAGGCUUUGUGAGCGUCCUGUCGGGCGCACAGGAGAGUCUGAAGGAGAAGGUGAACCUUCAAAAGUGUGACAUAUUUGAUCUGAAAACCCUAAAGGAACCUAUGGAUUACUUGACUCUAGCUAGUAACCCUGAGAUACUGGAAAAAGUAGAGGGUUGUAUGAAAGUAUGGAUCAAACAGACGGAACAGGUUCUUGCUGAAAACAAUCAGCUGCGGAAGGAAGCAGAUGACGUCGGGCCACGAGCAGAGCUGGAGCACUGGAAGAGAAGACUCUCCAAAUUUAACUACCUUUUGGAUCAGUUGAAAAGCCCGGACGUGAAGGCUGUGUGGGCCGUGCUUGCUGCGGCCAAGUCGAAACUGCUGAAGGCUUGGCGGGAGACAGAUACUCGAAUCACUGACGCAGCUAAUGAAGCCAAGGACAAUGUUAAAUAUCUGUACACACUUGAAAAAUGUUGUGACCCUUUGUACAGCAGUGAUCCUAUAUCCAUGAUUGACGCUAUUCCUACACUUAUAAAUGCAAUUAAAAUGAUCUAUAAUAUCUCUCGUUACUAUAACACCUCUGAGAAGAUCACAUCUCUGUUUGUAAAGGUGACAAAUCAGAUGAUAUCUGCAUGUAAAGCCUAUAUUACCAACAAUGGAACCGCUUCCAUCUGGAACCAGCCACAGGAUGUUGUUGUGGAAAAAAUAUUAUCUGCAAUUAAACUGAAGCAGGAAUACCAGAACUGCUUUCACAAGACAAAACAAAAACUUAAACAAGAUCCAAAUGCAAAACAAUUUGAAUUUAGUGAGAUGUACAUUUUUGGAAAAUUCGAAACUUUUCAUCGACGGCUUGCCAAGAUAAUAGACAUCUUUACAACCUUCAAGACGUAUUCAGUCCUGCAAGAUUCUACAAUUGAAGGGCUGGGAGACAUGGUCACUAAAUACCAGGGCAUUGUUGCAACUAUAAAGAAAAAGGAAUAUAAUUUCUUAGACCAGCGGAAAAUGGAUUUUGACCAAGAUUAUGAAGAGUUUUGCAAGCAGACUAAUGACCUUCACAAUGAAUUGCAGAAGUUCAUGGAUGUUACAUUUGAAAAGAUUCAAAACACAAAUCAAGCUCUAAGUAUGUUAAAGAAAUUUGAAAGGAUGAAUAUACCUAAUCUUGGUAUUGAUGACAAAUACCGACUUAUCCUUGAGAACUAUGGGGCUGACAUUGAUAUGAUUUCAAAGAUGUACACAAAGCAGAAAUACGACCCUCCUUUGGCCCGAGACCAGCCCCCCAUCGCGGGGAAAAUCCUGUGGGCCCGCCAGCUCUUCCACAGGAUUCAGCAGCCCAUGCAGCUUUUCCAGCAGCACCCGACUGUUCUGGGCACGGCUGAAGCCAAGCCUGUAAUUCGCAGCUACAACAGGAUGGCCAGGGUCCUGCUGGAGUUUGAGGUCCUCUACCACAGGGCGUGGCUUCGGCAAAUUGAAGAAAUUCACAUAGGUCUUCAGGCUUCUUUAUUGGUGAAGGCUCCAGGCACAGGGGAAUUGUUUGUAAACUUUGAUCCUCAGAUAUUAACCUUAUUUAGAGAAACAGAGUGCAUGUCACAGAUGGGUCUGGAGGUCUCACCCUUUGCAGCUGCCCUCUUCCGGAAACGAGAUACAUACAAAAAGAACUUCAGUAACAUGAAGAUGGUGCUAGCUGAAUAUCAGAGAGUGAAGUCAAAAAUGCCUCCCGCCAUUGAGCAGCUGAUGGUCCCUCAUUUGGCCAAAGUGGACGAAGCUCUCCAACCCGGCUUGGCUGUGCUGACCUGGACGUCACUGAAUAUUGAGACCUAUUUAGAAAACACAUUUGCAAAGAUCAAGGACCUGGAGUUGCUGCUUGACAGGGUCAAUGACUUGAUUGAGUUCCGCAUCGAUGCCGUGCUGGAAGAAAUGAGCAGCACGCCUCUUUGUCAGCUUCCGCGGGAGGAGCCACUCACCUGUGAAGAGUUUCUUCAAAUGACAAAGGACCUUUGUGUAAGUGGUGCUCAGACUCUACAUUUUAAAAGCUCAUUAGUGGAGGAAGCAGUCAAUGAGCUGAUAAAUAUGUUGCUGGAUGUGGAAGUUCCAUCUAAAGAAGAAAGUGAAAAAGUAUCCAAUGAGAAUAGUGUUGAUUCAAAAAACAAAAGUUCAGGAAAAAGAGAAGAAGGAAAUUCUGACACCUUGACAUCAUCCCUUAAUGCCAGGGCUGAGCCCUGGCUUUGGACAAUCACGAGAAAAAAGAAAGAGACCGAGAUGUUAGAGCAAGAAGCCUGCGAGUUGCUUUCUCACUUCAACCAUCAAAACGUGGAUGCUCUUCUCAAAGUUACAAGGAAUACACUAGAGGCCAUUCGCAAACGCAUUCAUUCCUGCCACAUGGUUAACUUCCUGGACAGUAACAGUGGUUCUAAGAUGAAGCAGAACAGUCUGCCCAUUUUCCGGGCAAACAUCACUCUGGCCAUUCCCAACAUCGCCAUGGCCCCUGCCCUGGAAGACAUACAGCAGACCCUGAACAAAGCUGUGGAGUGCAUCAUCAGUGUCCCCAAGGGGGUUAGGCAGUGGAGCAGUGAACUCCUGUCCAAGAAAAAGAUACAUGAAAGAAAAAUGGCUGCUUUGCAGAAUAAUGAAGACAGUGAUUCUGAUGUUGACAUGGGAGAAAACGAACUGCAAGAUACCAUUGAGAUAGCAUCUGUAAACUUACCAAUUCCUGUGCAAACCAAGAACUAUUAUAAGAAUGUUUCUGAAAACAAGGAGAUUGUAAAAUUAGUCUCUGUGCUUAGUACAUUUAUUAACUCCACCAAAAAGGAAGUUAUGACAUCCAUGGAUCGCUUCAAAAGCUACAAUCACGUUUGGCAAAAGGAGAAAGAAGAAACCGUUAUGACAUUUAUUACACAAAACCCCUUGCUUUCUGAAUUUGAAUCCCAGAUCCUCUAUUUCCAAAAAAUAGAGCAGGAAAUUAGUGCUGAGCCUGAAUAUAUCUGUGUGGGCUCCAUUGCGAUGUACACAGCCGAUUUGAAGUUCGCCCUGACCACGGAGACAAGGGCCUGGAUGGUCGUUAUCGGACGCCACUGUAACAAAAAAUACAGGAGUGAGAUGGAAAACAUUUUUACACUUAUUGAAGAAUUCAAUAAGAAAUUGAACCGUCAAAUUAAAGACCUAGAUGAUAUUCGGAUUGCGAUGGCAGCGCUGAAAGACAUCAGAGAACAGCAAAUCUCUAUAGACUUUCAAGUAGGACCUAUUGAGGAAUCUUAUGCUCUGCUUAACAAAUAUGGACUUCUGAUAGCAAAGGAAGAGAUGGACAAAGUCGACACACUGCACUAUGCAUGGGAGAAGCUUCUGGCACGUGCCGGGGAAGUUCAGAAUGAAUUAGUCGCACUGCAGCCCAGUUUCAGGAGAGAGCUUAUUAGUGCUGUGGAGAUCUUCCUCCAAGACUGUCACCAGUUUUAUUUGGACUAUGAUUUGAAUGGUCCAAUGGCUAGUGGCUUGAAACCCCAGGAAGCCAGUGAUAGGCUUAUCGUGUUUCAGAAUCAAUUUGAUAAUAUCUAUCGGAAAUAUAUCACCUAUACUGGAGGAGAGGAGCUUUUUGGCCUGCCAGUUACGCAGUAUCCUCAGCUUCUCGAAAUAAAGAAACAACUAAAUCUUCUACAGAAAAUUUACACUCUGUACAACAGUGUCAUAGAAACUGUAAAUAGUUAUUAUGAUAUCCUUUGGUCAGAAGUGAAUGUCGAAAAAAUAACUAGUGAACUCUUAGAAUUCCAGAACAGGUGUCGGAAGCUGCCCCGGGCCUUGAAAGACUGGCAGGCUUUUCUGGACCUGAAGAAGACCAUUGACGAUUUCAGCGAGUGUUGCCCGCUGCUGGAAUACAUGUCCAGUAAAGCCAUGCUGAAGAGACACUGGGAAAAGAUCACUGCUCUCACUGGGCACAGUCUGGAUGUGGGGAACGAGACCUUUAAGUUAAGAAAUAUCAUGGAGGCACCUCUUCUGAAAUACAAAGAGGAAAUAGAGGACAUUUGUAUCAGUGCAGUGAAAGAGAGAGACAUUGAGCAAAAGCUGAAGCAAGUGAUCAAUGAAUGGAACAACAAAACAUUCACAUUUGGCAGCUUUAAAACUCGUGGAGAGCUCCUCUUGCGAGGAGACAGUACUUCAGAAAUCAUCGCCAACAUGGAAGACAGCUUGAUGUUGCUGGGUUCUCUACUGAGCAACAGGUACAAUAUGCCAUUCAAAGCCCAGAUUCAAAAAUGGGUGCAGUACCUUUCCAACUCGACUGACAUCAUCGAGAGCUGGAUGACGGUGCAAAACUUGUGGAUUUAUCUAGAAGCUGUCUUUGUGGGAGGAGACAUUGCCAAACAGUUGCCCAAGGAAGCCAAGCGCUUUUCCAAUAUAGAUAAAUCUUGGGUGAAGAUCAUGACGCGGGCACACGAAAUGCCCAAUGUAGUCCAGUGCUGCGUUGGAGAUGAGACCCUGGGGCAGCUGUUACCACAUUUGCUGGACCAGUUGGAAAUAUGCCAGAAAUCCCUUAGUGGAUACUUGGAGAAGAAACGACUUUGCUUCCCUCGGUUCUUCUUUGUCUCGGAUCCAGCCCUUCUGGAGAUUCUGGGACAGGCAUCGGACUCCCACACCAUACAAGCCCACUUGCUCAAUGUGUUUGACAACAUUAAAACUGUCAAGUUCCAUGAAAAGAUCUACGAUCGAAUUCUGUCGGUUUCCUCCCGAGAGGGCGAGACGAUUGAAUUGGAUAAACCUGUGAUGGCAGAGGGCAAUGUGGAAGUUUGGCUUAAUUCUCUCUUAGAGGAAUCCCAGUCCUCAUUACAUCACGUGAUUCGCCAAGCAGCUGCAAAUAUUCAAGAAACAGGUUUCCAGUUAAUUGAAUUUCUUUCAUUCUUCCCUGCUCAGGUUGGAUUACUAGGAAUUCAAAUGAUAUGGACACGGGAUUCAGAAGAAGCCCUGAGAAAUGCCAAGUUUGAUAAAAAAAUCAUGCAGAAAACAAAUCAGUCUUUCCUGGAGCUACUAAACACACUGAUAGAUGUCACCACGAAGGAGCUGAGUUCCGCAGAACGGGUGAAAUACGAGACUUUGAUUACUAUUCAUGUGCACCAACGGGAUAUCUUUGAUGAGCUGUGUCACAUGCAUAUCAAGAGUCCUACGGACUUUGAGUGGCUGAAACAGUGCAGAUUUUAUUUUAAUGAAGAUUCUGACAAGAUGAUGAUUCAUAUCACAGAUGUGGCUUUCAUAUACCAGAAUGAAUUUUUAGGCUGCACUGACAGGCUUGUCAUAACGCCACUCACAGACAGGUGUUAUAUCACGUUGGCUCAAGCUCUAGGAAUGAGCAUGGGGGGAGCCCCUGCUGGACCUGCAGGAACAGGCAAAACAGAAACUACCAAAGAUAUGGGACGAUGUCUCGGAAAAUAUGUCGUGGUUUUCAAUUGUUCGGACCAGAUGGAUUUCCGAGGACUUGGACGGAUUUUUAAAGGACUGGCACAGUCUGGAUCCUGGGGUUGUUUUGAUGAAUUUAACCGUAUUGAUCUACCAGUUCUGUCAGUUGCAGCCCAGCAAAUUUCCAUUAUUCUGACAUGUAAAAAGGAGCAUAAAAAAUCUUUUAUUUUUACUGAUGGAGAUACUGUGACUAUGAACCCUGAAUUUGGGCUUUUUCUAACUAUGAAUCCUGGCUAUGCCGGGCGGCAGGAACUCCCUGAAAACUUGAAGAUUAACUUCCGCACGGUGGCCAUGAUGGUCCCUGACCGUCAGAUAAUCAUAAGGGUGAAGUUGGCGAGUUGUGGCUUCAUUGACAAUGUUGUUCUGGCCAGGAAGUUUUUCACACUCUACAAAUUGUGUGAGGAGCAGCUUUCUAAGCAGGUACAUUAUGACUUUGGCCUGCGUAACAUUCUGUCAGUACUGCGGACCUUGGGAGCAGCAAAAAGAGCCAACCCCACGGAUACGGAAUCCACGAUUGUCAUGCGGGUACUGCGAGACAUGAAUCUUUCUAAACUGAUUGAUGAGGAUGAACCCUUAUUUUUGAGUUUGAUUGAAGAUCUUUUCCCAAAUAUUCUUCUGGACAAGGCUGGUUACCCUGAGCUGGAAGCAGCAAUUAGCAGACAGGUUGAAGAAGCUGGUUUAAUCAAUCACCCUCCUUGGAAACUGAAAGUCAUCCAGCUGUUCGAAACACAGAGGGUGAGGCAUGGAAUGAUGGCCCUGGGGCCCAGUGGGGCUGGGAAGACCACCUGCAUCCACACCUUGAUGAAAGCCAUGACAGAUUGUGGAAAACCACACCGGGAAAUGAGGAUGAAUCCCAAAGCAGUUACUGCCCCACAGAUGUUUGGUCGGCUCGACGUGGCUACAAAUGACUGGACCGAUGGGAUAUUUUCUACCCUUUGGAGGAAAACACUGAGAGCAAAGAAAGGGGAACAUAUCUGGAUAGUUCUUGAUGGUCCAGUAGAUGCCAUCUGGAUUGAAAACCUGAAUUCUGUUUUGGAUGAUAACAAAACUCUAACCCUUGCCAAUGGUGAUCGCAUCCCCAUGUCUCCAAACUGCAAGAUUGUUUUCGAGCCUCAUAACAUUGACAAUGCUUCUCCUGCUACGGUCUCAAGAAAUGGAAUGGUUUUCAUGAGCUCUUCUAUCCUUGAUUGGAGUCCUAUUCUUGAGGGUUUUCUUAAGAAACGCUCACCCCAAGAAGCCGAAAUUCUUCGUCAGCUCUACACGGAGUCUUUCCCGGACUUGUAUCGCUUCAGUGUCCAGAACUUAGACUACAAGAUGGAGUUGCUGGAGGCCUUUGUAAUCACGCAGAGCAUUAACAUGCUUCAGGGCCUGAUUCCCCCCAAGGAGCAAGGCGGGGAGCUGGGCGCAGAGCAGCUGGGCCGGCUGUUCGUGUUCGCGCUGCUGUGGAGCGUGGGGGCGGCGCUGGAGCCCGACGGCCGGCGCCGGCUGGAGCAGCGGCUGCGCGCUCGGCCGGGGGCGCUGGAGCUGCCGCCGCGGGAGGGCCCGGGCGACACCGUGUUUGACUACUACGUGUCACCUGACGGUAAAUGGAUGCACUGGAACACGUGUACCCAGGAAUAUGUGUAUCCAGCUGACACCACCCCAGAAUAUGGCUCCAUUCUGGUGCCAAAUGUUGACAAUGUGAGGACUGACUUUCUAAUUAACACCAUUGCUAAACAGGGCAAGGCUGUGCUGUUAAUUGGCGAACAAGGAACAGCCAAAACAGUCAUAAUCAAAGGAUUUAUGUCAAAAUACGAUCCUGAAAGUCACAUGAUCAAGAGUCUGAACUUUUCUUCUGCCACCACCCCGCUGAUGUUUCAGAGGACAAUAGAGAGCUAUGUGGAUAAACGCAUGGGUACAACAUAUGGUCCUCCUGCAGGAAAGAAGAUGACUGUUUUUAUUGAUGAUGUGAAUAUGCCAAUAAUCAAUGAGUGGGGAGAUCAGGUUACUAAUGAGGUAGUACGACAGCUGAUGGAACAAAACGGAUUCUACAACCUGGAGAAGCCCGGAGAGUUUACCAGCAUUGUGGACAUCCAGUUUUUGGCAGCCAUGAUCCAUCCUGGGGGUGGGCGCAAUGACAUACCCCAAAGACUCAAGAGACAAUUCUCCAUAUUUAACUGCACGUUGCCCUCUGAUGCUUCCAUGGACAAGAUCUUUGGUGUGAUUGGGGUAGGCUACUACUGUACCCAAAGAGGUUUUUCUGAGGAAGUCAGGGAUUUCGUGAUGAAAUUGGUACCCCUGACACGCCGGCUAUGGCAGAUGACCAAGAUUAAAAUGCUCCCUACCCCUGCAAAAUUCCAUUAUGUAUUUAACCUUCGAGAUCUUUCUAGAAUCUGGCAGGGAAUGCUGAAUGCUACUUCAGAGGUCAUCAAGGAACCAGAUGAUCUGCUGAGGCUAUGGAAGCAUGAAUGUAAGCGUGUCAUAGCUGAUCGCUUUGCAGUGUCUGAUGAUGUGACCUGGUUUGAUAAGGCUUUAGUAAGUUUGGUAGAGGAGGAGUUCGGUGAAGAGAAAAAACUCUUGGUGGACUGUGGAAUUGACACGUAUUUUGUGGAUUUCUUGAGAGAUGCACCUGAAGUUACAGGUGAAACAUCUGAGGAGGGUGAUGCUGAAAUGCCCAAAAUUUAUGAGCCAAUUGAAUCUUUCAAUCACCUAAAAGAGCGUCUGAAUAUGUUCCUGCAGCUGUAUAAUGAGAGCGUCCGAGGCGCGGGCAUGGACAUGGUGUUCUUUGCAGACGCGAUGGUUCACUUAGUCAAGAUCUCUCGAGUCAUUCGCACUCCUCGGGGAAAUGCCCUCCUGGUUGGGGUGGGCGGAUCGGGAAAGCAGAGCCUGACAAGGUUGGCUUCAUUCAUUGCCGGCUAUACUUUCUUCCAGAUCACGCUGACGAGAUCCUACAACACAUCAAAUCUGAUGGAAGAUCUAAAGGUUUUGUAUAGAACGGCUGGUCAACAAGGCAAAGGAAUCACAUUUAUUUUCACAGACAAUGAGAUUAAAGAUGAGUCAUUUUUGGAAUAUAUGAACAAUGUUUUAUCAUCGGGUGAGGUCUCCAACCUAUUUGCUCGAGAUGAAAUAGAUGAAAUUAAUGGCGAUCUGACAUCAGUCAUGAAAAAAGAGUACCCCAGGCGCCCUCCCACCAAUGAGAACCUGUAUGACUACUUCAUGAGUCGGGUCCAACAGAAUCUUCAUAUUGUGCUCUGUUUUUCACCAGUCGGGGAGAAAUUUCGAAACCAAGCUUUGAAGUUCCCGGCUCUUAUUUCAGGAUGCACCAUUGACUGGUUCAGUCGAUGGCCUAAGGAUGCCUUAGUUGCUGUGUCAGAGCACUUCCUGUCCUCCUAUGAUAUUGACUGCAGUUUGGAGACUAAGAAGGCGGUAGUCCAAUGCAUGGGCUCCUUCCAGGAUGGGGUGGCCGAGAAGUGUGCUGAUUAUUUUCAGAGAUUCCGACGUUCUACCCAUGUGACACCCAAAUCAUACCUCUCCUUUAUUCAGGGCUAUAAGUUCACAUAUAGAGAUAAACAUGUGGAAGUGCAGACCCUGGCCAACAGAAUGAAUACUGGCUUGGAAAAGCUAAAAGAAGCUUCAGAGUCUGUUGCAGCCCUGAGCAAGGAACUAGAAGUAAAAGAAAAGGAGCUACAAGUGGCCAACGAGAAAGCUGACACGGUCUUGAAAGAGGUGACAAUGAAAGCACAGGCUGCUGAAAAGGUCAAGGCGGAGGUACAGAAGGUGAAGGACAAAGCCCAGGCCAUUGUAGACAGCAUCUCUAAAGAUAAAGCUAUCGCUGAAGAAAAAUUGGAAGCUGCAAAACCAGCAUUAGAAGAAGCAGAAGCUGCAUUGCAGACCAUCAAGCCUUCCGACAUCGCCACUGUCCGCACGCUGGGCCGACCCCCUCACCUCAUCAUGCGGAUCAUGGAUUGUGUGCUGCUGCUGUUUCAAAGGAAAGUCAAUGCGGUGAAAAUUGACCUGGAAAAAGGCUGUACCAUUCCUUCCUGGCAGGAAUCUUUGAAACUGAUGACUGCAGGGAACUUUUUGCAGAACUUACAGCAAUUCCCAAAAGACAGCAUCAAUGAAGAGGUGAUAGAGUUCUUGAAUCCUUACUUUGAAAUGGCAGACUAUAACAUCGAAACUGCUAAACGCGUAUGUGGAAAUGUAGCUGGUCUUUGUUCGUGGACGAAAGCCAUGGCCUCCUUCUUUUCUAUAAACAAAGAGGUGCUGCCCCUGAAGGCCAACUUGGUGGUGCAGGAGAACCGCCACGUCCUGGCUAUGCAGGACCUGCAGAAGGCUCAGGCCGAGCUGGACGACAAGCAGGCGGAGCUCGACGUGGUGCAGGCUGAGUAUGAACAGGCCAUGACUGAGAAGCAGACCUUGCUUGAAGACGCAGAACGGUGCAGACAUAAGAUGCAGACGGCUUCCACGCUGAUCAGUGGCUUGGCAGGCGAGAAAGAGAGAUGGACGGAGCAAAGCAAAGAGUUUGCUGCACAGACUAAAAGGCUCGUCGGGGAUGUAUUGCUGGCUACGGCUUUUCUAUCUUAUUCUGGUCCAUUUAACCAAGAGUUUCGAGAUCUGUUGUUACAUGACUGGCAGAAAGAAAUGAAAGCUCGGAGAAUUCCAUUUGGAAACAAUCUAAAUCUCAAUGAGAUGUUGAUUGAUGCUCCUACUAUUAGUGAAUGGAACCUCCAAGGUCUGCCAAAUGAUGACCUGUCCAUUCAGAAUGGAAUUAUUGUCACCAAGGCAUCUCGCUAUCCUUUGUUAAUCGAUCCACAGACUCAAGGCAAGAUCUGGAUUAAAAAUAAAGAAAACCAAAAUGAACUCCAGAUCACAUCUCUAAAUCACAAGUACUUUAGAAACCACCUGGAGGACAGCCUUUCUCUUGGAAGGCCCUUGCUUAUUGAAGACAUUGGGGAGGAACUAGAUCCAGCCCUGGAUAAUGUUUUGGAAAGAAACUUCAUUAAAACUGGGUCUACCUUUAAGGUGAAAGUGGGUGACAAGGAAGUAGAUGUUAUGGAUGGUUUCAAACUCUACAUUACUACCAAACUGCCCAAUCCUGCCUACACCCCUGAAAUAAGUGCCCGUACCUCCAUCAUUGACUUCACUGUCACCAUGAAAGGUCUAGAAGACCAAUUACUGGGGAGAGUCAUUCUCACAGAGAAGCAGGAGUUGGAGAAAGAAAGAACUCAUCUGAUGGAAGAUGUAACUGCAAACAAGAGAAGGAUGAAGGAACUGGAAGAUAAUUUGCUUUACCGCCUGACAAGUACGCAAGGGUCCCUGGUGGAAGACGAGAGCCUCAUUGUUGUCCUGAGUAAUACAAAAAGGACAGCUGAGGAGGUGACACAGAAACUGGAAAUUUCUGCUGAUACAGAAAUUCAAAUUAACUCAGCCCGAGAGGAAUACAGACCUGUCGCUACACGGGGCAGCAUCCUCUACUUCCUCAUUACCGAGAUGCGCUUGGUUAAUGACAUGUAUCAGACUUCGCUCCGCCAGUUUCUGGGCUUGUUUGACCUUUCCUUAGCCAGGUCUGUCAAGAGCCCAGUUACAAGCAAGCGGAUUGCUAAUAUCAUCGAGCACAUGACCUACGAGGUUUAUAAGUAUGCAGCCCGAGGGUUGUACGAGGAGCACAAAUUCCUGUUCACCUUGCUGCUUACCCUAAAAAUCGACAUCCAGAGGAACCGAGUCAAGCACGAAGAGUUUCUCACUCUUAUUAAAGGUGGUGCCUCCUUGGACCUUAAAGCCUGUCCUUCUAAACCAUUUAAAUGGAUCCUGGACAUGACUUGGCUGAAUUUGGUGGAACUAAGCAAACUUAGGCAGUUUUCAGAUGUCCUUGAUCAGAUAUCAAGAAAUGAGAAAAUGUGGAAAAUCUGGUUUGAUAAGGAAAACCCUGAGGAGGAGCCUCUUCCAAAUUCCUAUGAUAAAUCUCUUGACUGCUUCAGACGUCUUCUCCUUAUUAGGUCCUGGUGCCCUGACAGAACCAUUGCCCAGGCCCGCAAGUACAUCAUGGACUCUAUGGGGGAAAGAUAUGCAGAAGGAUUUAUUCUGGACUUGGAAAAGACGUGGGAGGAAUCUGAUCCACGGACACCACUUAUCUGUCUCCUGUCUAUGGGCUCAGACCCCACGGAUUCCAUCAUCGCCUUGGGGAAGAGAUUGAAAAUAGAAACACGUUAUGUGUCCAUGGGCCAGGGCCAGGAGGUCCAUGCUCGGAAGCUCUUGCAGCAGACCAUGGCAAAUGGAGGGUGGGCACUUCUGCAGAACUGCCAUCUGGGACUUGAUUUCAUGGAUGAGCUGAUGGACAUAAUUACAGAAACUGAGAUCGUACAUGACGCGUUCCGCCUUUGGGUGACCACCGAGGUCCAUAAGCAGUUCCCGAUUACACUCCUUCAGAUGUCCAUUAAAUUUGCCAAUGAGCCUCCACAGGGCCUCCGGGCAGGACUGAAAAGAACAUAUGGUGGUGUGAGCCAAGACCUGCUGGACGUGAGCUCUGGGGCCCAGUGGAAGCCCAUGCUGUACGCGGUCGCUUUCCUGCACUCCACUGUCCAGGAGAGGCGCAAGUUUGGCCCCCUGGGUUGGAAUAUCCCCUAUGAAUUUAAUCAAGCAGACUUUAAUGCCACUGUGCAGUUCAUCCAAAACCACCUGGAUGACAUGGAUAUCAAAAAGAGCAUCUCCUGGACCACCGUCCACUACAUGAUAGGAGAGAUUCAGUAUGGAGGUAGGGUCACUGAUGACUACGAUAAGAGACUGUUGAACACAUUUGCUGAGGUUUGGUUCAGUGAAAACAUGUUUGGACCAGAUUUCAGUUUUUACCAAGGAUAUAAUAUUCCAAAAUGCAGCACAGUGGAUAACUAUCUUCAAUAUAUCCAGAGCUUGCCCGCCUACGACAGCCCUGAGGUGUUUGGGCUGCACCCCAAUGCCGACAUCACCUACCAGAGCAAGCUGGCCAAAGACGUGCUGGACGCUAUCCUUGGCAUCCAACCCAAGGACAGCUCUGGUGCUGGGGAUGAGACCCGGGAGGCUGUGGUGGCCCGGCUGGCUGAUGACAUGCUGGAGAAGCUGCCCCCUGACUAUGGCCCCUUUGAAGUAAAAGAGAGGCUGCAGAAGAUGGGGCUCUUCCAGCCGAUGAACAUUUUCCUCAGGCAGGAAAUAGACAGAAUGCAAAGGGUACUCAGCCUUGUCCGAAGCACCCUGACUGAGCUAAAACUUGCUAUUGAUGGUACCAUUAUCAUGAGCGAAAAUCUACAAGAUGCAUUGGAUUGCAUGUUUGAUGCCAGAAUCCCUGCUUGGUGGAAAAAAGCUUCUUGGGUUUCAAGUACGCUGGGCUUCUGGUUCACUGAACUUAUAGAAAGAAACAGCCAAUUUACCUCUUGGGUUUUCAAUGGCCGACCCCACUGCUUUUGGAUGACAGGCUUUUUUAACCCCCAGGGAUUUUUAACUGCAAUGCGACAGGAGAUAACUCGGGCCAACAAAGGCUGGGCUCUGGACAACAUGGUGCUUUGCAACGAAGUCACCAAAUGGAUGAAGGACGACAUUUCUGCCCCUCCCACAGAGGGUGUCUAUGUCUAUGGCUUGUAUCUUGAAGGUGCUGGCUGGGACAAGAGGAACAUGAAACUCAUUGAGUCAAAACCCAAAGUGCUCUUUGAGCUGAUGCCUGUCAUAAGGAUUUAUGCAGAAAACAACACCUUAAGAGAUCUUCGGUUUUACUCCUGCCCCAUCUAUAAGAAACCAGUUCGAACGGACUUGAACUACAUUGCUGCUGUGGACCUCAGGACGGCUCAGGCCCCUGAACACUGGGUGCUCCGUGGGGUCGCCCUUCUCUGUGAUGUCAAGUAACGUGGGGGGAGUGCCCCACCCAAUACUUUGGAAAAUGCAAGAUCUGAAUUUAUGGUAACCUUUAUUCCUCUGUGAGUGCUGGACAGUUGUAUAAAUCAGUUUGCUCAUGCACUUACUGAGCUGCGUAGGUUUUCCCCGCUCCUUAAUUGCAUGCUUAAUUGCAUUUUACCUGCUUCAUCAUUAGUGACCAAUGUCUGUGUUGAAAAAGUUAUUUAGUGAUCUAAAAGUAAAAUUUACAACUUCCUAA